AUGACCCUGGGCUGUAAGGCCCUCCAGUGGACCACCAUGUGCUUCAACUCAGUGAUUAAACCACAAGGUCAACACCCAGGAGAGUGCUGGUUCAAUCCCACCUUUAGUCACAUGUUCAUCAAGGUCAUCUAUCUUUGGAGGCUACUGUGGGACAUCCCACCCCCCUCUCUGGAGGCCAGUGGGAUGUCCCAUGAUAGCUUUGGAGGCUACUGUGGGACAUCCCAUCCUCCUCUCUGGAGGCCAGUGGGAUGCCCCAUGAUAGCUUUGGAGGCUACUUUGGGACAUCCCAACCCCCUCUGUGGAGCUUCUGAAGCUACUGUGAAACAUCCCAACCCUCAUUCCAGAGCUUUGGAGGCUACUGUGGGACAUCUCACCCUCCUCUCUGGAGCUUUGGAGGCUACUGUGGGACAUCCCCCCCCCUCUCUGGAGGCCAGUGGGAUGUCCCAUGAUAGCUUUGGAGGAUACUGUGGGACAUCCCACCCCCCCUUCCAUAGGCCAAUGGAAUGUCCCAUGGUAGCUUUGGAAGCUACUGUGGGACAUCCCACUCCCCCCUCUGAAGGCCAGUUGGACAUUCCACCCUUCUCCAUAGAGGCCAGUAGGAUGUCCAUGUACUAUACAUAUCUUCAAGACAACCAGAUCCACCAUGCAGAGCACAGUGAAGGGCCAAUGUCACAGAUUAAAUGGGGGCAAAUUGUGCAGCUGCAAAUGGUAACAACAUGGUGGGUCUGA